AUGCAGGACUUAGCAGGGCCUGAAAUGCCCAGGAAAUUUCCUAUCUUUGAUGGCUUUGGCCUCUUAUGGGGCUUGCUCUUUGGAUUAUACAUUGCAAGUGCACCAGGGAUGGCUUGUCCAACGAGUUGUCACUGUAUAGAGAAGAGUGGCAUGACUGUGGUCCAAUGUUUGUCACGCAACUUGGACAGCAUCCCACCAGAUCUUCCAAGAGAUACUGUUGUCCUACUUUUGGCAUCCAACCACAUCACCCACAUCCCAAACCACGCCUUCAGAGAACUGCACUACCUUCAGGAGCUGGACCUGUCUAACAAUGACAUCGAAACUGUGGACCUCGGAGCUUUUCAAGGUGUUUCCGACAGCCUCCUUGUCUUGGAUUUAUCAAACAAUCGCAUCCAAAGUGUCCCCAAAGAGGCAUUUGCACGCCUGCGAGCAAAAAUCAGCCUCUCGAACAACCCUUGGCACUGCGAGUGCACGCUGCAGGAGGUCCUGAGGGAGCUGCGGCUGGACCCCGAGACGGUGAAUGAGGUGAUCUGCCACACAGCGGUGCAGGAGGAAUAUGCAGGCAAACCGGUAAUCCAGGUGCUGGACUCAGGGAUCAACUUCUGCAACUUUCACCACAAGACCACCGACGUAGCCAUGUUUGUCACCAUGUUCGGAUGGUUCACCAUGGUGAUCGCGUACGUCAUCUACUAUGUGAGACACAAUCAGGAGGACGCCAGGAGGCACCUGGAGUACCUCAAGUCACUGCCGAGCAGCUCCCAGAUCAGCAAGGACUUUGACACCAUCAGCACUGUUCUCUAG